GGGAGUGGAAGAAGAAGAAGAAGAAGAAGCUCAAGUUCCUCUACCAAGAAGGAAAUGCGCUCCCUCGCCGACUUUUGUACAGCACUACGACUAUUACUUGAUCUCCGCGCAGUGGGAACCCGCUGGCAGGCGAAGAAUACCCCCCCGUGGCCGUCGUAUUUCGGCACAGAUCCUAACCCCCCAAGCCAGACUGCAUUUGUUCUCCGACAAGCCGCAAUCGGUCUAUGGGAGUAUCUGCUUCUGGACUUGAUCUUUUCUCAGAGCGGACGGGGGCUACCCUCCGACGAUUUCUCCUCCUUCUCGUCUUUCAUCAACCCGACGCACGGCCGAUGGCAGGUUCGUCUACUCUCCAGUCUGGCAGUUUGGCUUGUAUUUGGCCGAACACUGGUGGACGUGAUCUACCGGUUCGUUUCGAUGGUGGCCGUCCUUUCGGGAUUGACGAUGCCGGACUGCUGGCCACCUUUUUUUGGGAGUAUGUGGGAUGCAUACACCUUACGCAAUGCAUGGGGCAAAUUCUGGCAUCAGCAGUUCCGAUGGCCGUUCACCACCUUCAGCUCAUUUGUGAGCCGGUCCGUACUACAUCUUCCGCGCCACUCCCGGGUCGAACGGUCUAUGAGUGUCUUACUGGCAUUUCUACUCUCCGGGCUAAUGCACCAUGUCGGGUCGCCUGUGGAGGAAGCGUCCGGGGCGAUUCCAUUCUUCACCGUCUUCGCUGUCGGCAUGGUGAUCGAGGAUGAGCUGUUGUGGCGGUGGCGGUGCUGGUUCGGGCGUGGAUUUUACUCGACAGCGACAACGACGAUAUGGGAAAGAAUCGUCGGCUUUGUAUGGGUAUCUGUGUGGUUGGCUAUGGUGGCGCCCUGGUACACGGCUGACAUCGUCCGAGUGGUUGCAAGCACGAAGACUCAACUCCCCGUGAGUCUUGUGGAUGCGUAUGGGCUUUCGACUGCGAGUGUUGUUCUUGCUAUUGGAGCAGUUCUUCUGAAGGUCAUAUUCAAAACUAGCCUAUAACAGCUUUCCCGGUGAAAAUGAGUAAUGCAUCCAGUUAA